CUCAUAUAGGCUGGGUUGUGUGUUCCUGUGAACAGACUCCAGUCCUGGACUCCACUGAGACCACACUGAGGUCGAGAUGCUCAUCAUGGGGGCUGUGCUGCUGUUACUAAUUGGUGUGGCUGAUGCGAUCAGAUGUCAGGAUCCAAGUGACCCUAAUUUGAAAGAGCAGCUCCCAAAUCAAUGGAUGGGUGAUUAUGCGCAAUACCGGUGCAGAGAAGGCUUCACCCCAACUGAUCGUCGGGCUACAUGUACGGAAAACGGAUGGUCACCAAAACCACUCUGUGAAGUGAUCCCCCCAUGCAAUUUACCAACAGUAGAGAAUGCAGACAUUAUUGAAAAGAUACAGGAGGUCUACAAUCAUGGAGCCGCAGUCACCUACGCAUGCCGUACCAAUUACAGAAUGAAAGGAGAGAGAACAAUUAGAUGCCAAAGUGGUCAAUGGAGUCCAAGAACUCCUAUUUGCAUCGGAGUGACAUGUCAACUGCCGCAACUGAAUGGAAACACUUAUCUUGGUGUAAUUAAAGAAAGAUUUUUACCAGGAGAAACCGUUAGGGUGAAAUGCAACCAAGGCCACUGGUUUUCCAACGGUGAUCGACGAACCCAGAAAACAAUUACUUGUACAGGAAGUGGGGAAUGGCAUACAGCCAUUCCCCACAACAUUAUUUUCAGGCAUCAAUUAGUUGUAGAUGUAUACAUUUUCUUAGGAUGGAUUACCUUGUUUGUCUUUCAGUUUGUUGCAUCAUCAAUAGAUGAGGAAUUUAAUGUUUGGUUUUGGGUUAACAUCGUGUGUGCCCUUUUUUUUUGUUUUUCAGUGAUCCCUCCAUGCAAUUCACCGACAACAGUAGAGAAUGCAGUUAUUAUUGGAAAGAAACAGGUCUACAAUCAUGGAGCCACAGUAAACUACGCAUGCCGUACCAAUUACAGAAUGGAAGGAGAGAGAACAAUUAGAUGCCAAAAUGGUCAAUGGAGUCCAAGAACUCCUACUUGCAUCGAAGUGACAUGUCGACUGCCGCAACUGAACGGAAACACUUAUCUUGAUGUAAAUAAAGACCGAUAUGUACCAGGAGAAACCGUUUUGGUGAAAUGCAACCGAGACCGCUGUUUCUCCUACGAUGAUCAGCGAACCCAGAAAACAAUUACUUGUACAGGAAGUGGGGAAUGGGAUUCAGCUGCAAUAUGCCAAGAGAUCAGAUGUCAGGAUCCCAAUGACCCUCAUUUGAAAGAACAGCUUGAAAGUCGAUGGAUGGAUGGUUAUGCACCAUACCGGUGCAAAGAAGGCUUCAAGCCAACUCAUGGUGGUCGGGCUAGAUGCACGGAAAACGGAUGGACACCAAACCCACUCUGUCAAGUAGCCCGAUGCUAUUUACCGACAACAGUAGCGAAUUCAGAUAUUAUUGGAGACAAACGGGAGGUCUACAAUCAUGGAGCCGCAGUCACCUACGCAUGCCAUACCAAUUACAGAAUGGAAGGAGAGAGAACAAUUAGAUGCCAAAGUGGUCAAUGGAGUCCAAGAACUCCUACUUGCAUCGGUGUGAAGACCUUCUGCGACGCCACACAGCCACACAUCACGACCCAGUGCUUUGGCUCUCUGGGAGGAACCGUGGAGCUCCUGCUGCCUAAGACCUCACAAGAUGAUAUCUACAAACUGAAGAAAAACAAUGUUACUGUUAACAACCGCAGUGAGACAACAGACAGGAGAUAUUCAUUUAUUGUCAGUACUGGAAUAUUUACUAUAAAGGACGUCAACAUGAAAGACACUGGUGAAUACUCAAUGGAAGUACAUGAUGCAGCUGGGAUGCAAGUAGCAUACACAAAAUGUUAUUUAACCAUUGAAGUUGUCUUUGUGACAGGGCUCACCCCGUUCAUCGUUCGUCCUCUGACGGUGGUGCUGCUGCUCCUAGCAGCAUUGGGAGUCUACUGGGCCCUAAAGAAGAAGAAAACCUCCAGACCUCGAGACAUCGCGCUGUCCUCCAUGGCAGUAGAUGAUGAUGUGCCGUACGUUAACGUCUCCGGGACAACCGGGAGGGCAGGGGGGGAGUGAGGUGGAGUACGGGGCGGUCAGGGUGGCUCCAGGCCCCAGGCGGACGCUGGAGACCAAUGUGGACGAGUGUGUGUACGCUCAGCCCCGGAGGACGAGGCCCUGAGAGCUGUGAACACCCAGAAGGACGCGUAGACAGCGCUUUAGCCAGAGGGCCAGCAGCCUGUUGACCUUUGACCUGCCAGGGACACUUCUCUCUCUGAAUCUGAUAAUGGCAAGAUCAUUUAUUUUUAUGAAUUAACUUUUUCCUCUGUUGUUGUU